AUGUAUGAAUACAACGACGAAGAUGGAGGGAUUCAGUUUCAACCCUACGACGACGAACUCAUCAACGAAUAUUUAAUCCCCAAAUUGGAAGGUAAACCGCGUAGAGAGAUCACUAUGAAGGAUGUUUACUCAAAGGAGCCAUGGUUGCUGGACCAUCCCAUGGGUUCGUUUUUCAAGAAGAACGAAUGGUACUACCUUGUGACAAGGACUCAACUCGCCAAAAAGAACAUUGGUUGUGGUCAGAAAGCGAAACGGAAGAUCACCCGAGACGACGAUAGUGGGUCCUGGAAGGCUAAUUCGAAAGACGAUAUCACGGACAAUGAAAAAAAGAUGGUCAUUGGUGAAAAGCAAACCUUAGCUUUUGUUAAAAGCAAAGUUAAUAACAAGAAGCAGAAGAGCGGAGACGGUACUUCUUGUAAUGUAUCACGAGACAGCGAGAGCUGGAUUAUGACAGAAUAUAUGCUUCCGGAAGAAAAAGAUAAGUUUCAUGAACUGGUCAUAUGCAAGAUUCAUGUGAUCAAGAAUUCCAAGAAGAAGGAUGAUGAUCAUAAUGAAGCUUGUACUUCUAAAAGGGAGAGCACAAGUGAUGAACAUGAUGCUCCAUGGCAGAUUGAAGAGCUUGGACAAGGCCUUCCGUGUGACUUGUCCGUCGGCGGUAACACAUGGGUUCAACGGAGAUUACCCCCCAUAAACAAAGCACAGCAGCGGUGGGAGAGUCCUCCCGACUCAUUGCUGGUGAACAGAACAAACUAUAGGGAAGAGACACCAAGAGGACGAGAACGGAGAACCAGAUCGAUGGUCUUCGUCGCGUACUUUAUCUGGAUCUCCUUCCUUCACAGAACAUGA